UAAAAGAUCUCAAGCUGUAAAGUUGUCAUUACAGUAUUAAAAAAAAACUAAACUAUAGACUUCUGUCAUUUGGUUGUUGAUCUCGAAAAUUUUAAAGAAAAUAAAUUCCAAAUUGAUUGUCGUCAUAUAACCUGCAAUUUAAGGACACUCAUCAUGCCCUCUCUUAAAAGUUUAAAAACGAAGAUCCCAGUCAAGCGCGCAAAGGAGCCACCAAGCGUCAACUUAGGUGACAACCUCCCCGAGAUCGCCUUAGCUGCCAUAGUCCCCUCUAGGCGCCAGAAGGAAAUCAGUGAGUUUAUUAACUUUCUCCUCCAUGCGUUAGAGAGAAACUCCACCUGGCUUAAUAACGUCCUUAGUGGACAGCCUUACUUCAGGUGCGCCUUCAUGCUCGGUGCCGGACCUAACCGGUUCCAAAUCAAAGACAUCAUCUACCCUUCCGAAAACCAGAACGUUAAACUCCAAAUAGAACUUAAAGACUCCGAGGAUUUAGACAAAAUUGCAAUCGCGGCACUAUUCAAAUUAAACAAUUCAGAAAUCCAGAAAGUUUUGGAGUACAUGAAAACUAAAUUGUAUGACAACAUCUUUCUGAAAGACGACAUGCUGAAAGGCAAAUCUAUGGGGAUCCAGUACGCUCUUUUGAGACCGUUCACUGACAAACAGUACCGCGUUGCAGAGCGCAUCGUCGUCGGCACAUCGAUGAAGUGUAUAUUGCCUGCUCAUCUUCGUGAUGACUCCCCACCCAAACCUACACCAGUUAAGAAGAUCAAACCAGAAAAGAGAAAGGUACGGGAACGUGUAGUGGCUUAGUACACCAACAGACAGAAAACAUAAUAUACGUUUCCUGUAAGGAACUUUUACUUGGGCUUUCAGAAAAAAACAUUGAGAAUCAUACUCCUUGGUAUUUACCAACGGAAUUUCUCAGAGAAAACGUUAAAUCACACCAUAGGCAGAUACUGAAAGGCAAGCGGUGCGGCAUGUAUGUACAUAUCAAAAAUUCUGAUCAGUGAGACAUGUAAUGUAAUGUACUAACGUCCUAGAUAUGCACAAUUCCCGGACUUAUGAAAUAAAAUGGUCAACAGUUACGGCGCACCGCAGUGUGUCAUUGCGUAAUGGCAUCAAUUUGGUGCGACUGGAACGCGAAGCGCACUAAAUUAUACUCAUUUUUGCGAUGAUCGCUUCCGAUUACCUGUGAUGGCGCGCUCGCGUUACCGCGAACAGUCCGACUAACGAGCGCUCCGAUUCAACAUCUCACAUAUUGUAAUAAAAUAUAUACGAAAACCGCUUGUGUCAUUGGUAGUUUUAGACGAAGUGGGCCAGGCGUAGCGGGCGGUUUUUCAUCUGCAGCGAGCGGCCGGGAUCGAUAUCUUGGGAAUCAGGGCAGCCGUGCGCUAACUUACAGCCACAAAUCCUUCCUCCAGAACUUAUUACAAUGGCACUCCGCCCCCGCAAACAGAAACUAUAGUUUUUCGUCGGAUGCUGCGGUGUUUGAGAAACUUUCCGAUGCUUAUCGGUAGGCAUAAAUCAAUUGAACCUUGGUAGAGGCCGCGAAAGUCGGGCUCUGAGCCCUUUUUCUAACUUGGGACCCACCGUUCGGAUUAAGGAAAUGCUGACCGUUACGUAAUUGGCGUAAUAUGUGAUUUAUUGGUUCUGAGAAUUUGUGUGUACGGAAUAUAAAGCCUCUCUAUUACGGAUCUACUUACGUUCUGGUUACAUCAAUUGUGGUUUCGAAAAGGCAAACAUUGGCUCUAGUUACGAGUACAUCAACCGAACCGGUUACGAAAUGUAAAAAGAAACUUCAUUAUUUUACUUGCAUUAAUAUUUGUGAAAAGGUUUUUAUUUGUUAUAUUUAAGCUUAUUAAAAAAAAAACAAUAACAUA